GGGAUCCUUGAGUAAAAGGGAAUUGCUAUUUAUUCCAGACAGGCGAACUGUUAAGUUGUUCGCUUGGGUGAUUACUAAUAAUGGAGACAAUCGUUACUAAUUGCUGAGUGGCUUCUAUACACUUUGAAAGAAUCCCUUUCUAAUUGUCGAGGGCCCUAUCCGGAUUGAUAAAAUGCUUCCAGGCAUGGUUUUAAACUCUCAAAUAAUCACUGAUUUCGUAUCGUGUAGGAUUAAAUGGUACGUUGUAUGGGGCCCUGUAAACUCUUCAACUACGUCGGAGGAUACUGUAGCAGUCGACCGUUCCAACACCCUCUGCUCGAGAAACGAGCUAUACUGAUCUACUGAGCUGAGAGAAGUGUUUCAAUGGUGUUUUCAAUUGUUCUCUCCACUAAAUUUUGGUUUACAAGGAUAUUGAAAAUACGAGUAUUCAGAUUUUGUUUCUGAAACAGGUGAACAGUUGAAUUUGAGUGGAAGCCUCUAUUCAAGGGAACCAAGUUCCACCAUCCAAGUACACUUUGGCAGCUUUUCUAUACUUUGAAGACUCUUUGAAUCAAUAACAAUGAUGCCAUGGAUGAAUUGUACUAAUAUUACAGAAGUUCUCUGCAAGAUUUACUAGACACUACUGAUGACUUCUCUAGUUUCUGCAAAUUCAAUUGAACAGACGGAAUCGUUUACUCCCG